AGACUCUCCGGGAGGCUCACCGAGAAUUGGCUUGAACAAACCUAUUGUAUAUAUAAAAAUAUUCAAUAUGGCCACUUCUGUGGAUUCGAGUUUAUAUGACCUGUCAAACAUCACAUAGUUUUUUUCACGUAGGGUAACAUAGUCGUCUACGCGUACGUUUAUUCAUAUCCAGCUCGAUAGGACGCCGAGGAACGGCUAGUGAAAUGAUCAGAGGAGCGUAUUGGUGCGCUUACCCUAUACUUUGGCUUAACGCGACGACGAUAACGAGCUCCAGGCUACCCGAGCCAAGGCUCAGUUCAUGUUUGUACAUCAAGUAAUUAUUUUGCUGUUGCCUCUGUCAUCUUCUUGGAGAUGUUUUACCUGUAUGUUUCCAAAGCGCACAGUUGUAUUUUCUAUAUUGGCCAUAGUUAUUGACACUGCGAAAAGAGCUCUAGAAAAAGCCCUGUCAUCUCUAGUGCAGCUGUGAUAUACUUUUCCUUACUAGAGUUUCCGUCUAAUAAAUCAUCACGUAGAUUAUAGGGGACUAUAACUCCAAACGGUACACGUAAUGGCAAGGUCAAGUGCCCAGUACGAAUCGGUUGCCACUUACAUGGACGGCGUACAGGUCGAGAUAGCCGAGGCGUACCAGCAGCCAAAGAAGAUCAUCCCACCACCAGCUUUUUAUUCAAAAAUGCCUGACCUUGACAAGUGCACUUACGACUUUGGUCGUGAGAAAAGGCUGCUUGAAAAGGCAACAGCAUGGCGCAAGGCCAGACUAUCUGCCACGGAAGCUAGACGUGCCAGAAUCGAAGAAAAACGCAAAAUCGAGGCUGAAAAGUCACCUCCUCCAUUAUCCCCGAAUUCCCAAGAACUAACAACCUCUCCCGUCCAAAUGGCUCCUGCCACAGAAGCAUCGAUAUUUACACCUCAACCUUCAUCUUCUUCAAACGGACUUGAAAAGUGUCAAUUCAAUUAUAAAGAAUUUGAUGUCGACAUGAGUAGUCCUUUCGACAACAUGGAAUUGAAGACUAUCAACGACAUGGAGGCAUUAGCCCAGGUGCUUCAACAACCUACAACAACGCAAUGGGCACCGAAUCCAAAUCUGGAAACUAGAAUGAAAGAUUUGACAAUGGACCAAAGUUUAGAUGAGGUGAAAGAGGAAGAUAAAGUUACAAUUGACUUUAGAAAAAAUGAUGAAUCUGUCAAUAGUAAUAAGCACACGGAUGUAAAGCAGAGCGAGGUGUCUUUGAUUGUUCAAGAACUUCAAAAAGAACUUGAUCAAUCGAGUAUAGAGAAUCAUAGUUCGUUGUCUGAUCUUGAAAGUCCUAGUUUUAGAAGAAUUGCAGAGGUGCCCAAAGAAAAAACAUACAUGGACCCAAAAGAAAUAGCCAGAAAGUUGGCAGAUCUACCGCUUGAAGAUCAAAAUUUGGCGAAACGUUUGAGUGACAUGGGUUUCUCGUUGCCUCGAGUGACGCGUGCAAUAUGUGAUCUCAAAGGAGAGGACAAGAAAAAAAUUGUCAAAUACUUAUUAGCCAUACAAUCCCUCGAAGAUUUCGGUAUGUCGGAAGACGAAGCUGUGAAAGCUUUAUCUUUAACCCAGUACGAUAAACAUAAAGCCAAAGUAUAUUACGAAAGCCUGUGCACACUAAGGGACUUGGGAUUUCCCGAAGACCAAGCGUCAAUAGCAUUAUUAAAGUGCGACAUCGAUCGUGACAGUGCCCUUGAUUAUCUGAUCGCUUAAUUUGAUA